AUGAGUCUAAUUCCCUGCUUCGUAUCAUUGAUAGACGAACUUGAUAAACCUAUACUGAUUUAUGUUCCCAAUGAGACCGAAAAUGAGUUGAAUGAUGUUCUGAAGUAUAACGUCCUUUCUAAUAUAUCAUUGGACUAUUUUGAGAGCCCUCUAAUUACCUGGACUUCCUUGGAUUCCAAACCUUUGUUAAAAUCGAUCUUCCAAUUGGAAGGCGUCUCUGUAUUUGGCAUGUUAAUCAAACAGACAGGGUUGAAGAUCGUCAUUGGGUUUGAACAGAAUGCCUUGAAUGGUGGUGAUGAUGAAUUGAAGCAAAUUGGCCAAAUCUUCGAAUCCGUCAGAAAAAUUUACGUACGGGUUAAGUGUAAUCCAUUAGUUACCAAUGGCGACGAAAUCUCUACCGUGGAAAGUCUGGAAAGGAAAUUCGAUGAAUUAUUCAUCUCAACUGAAGUUGAGUUAUGA